CCCUGGCACCCCCUGUCAUGGCGGCGCCCAGGGAGGAGACACGUGGCCUGUUCGGCCAGGGGGUCCGGGCGGUGCUGGGCAACUGGGCCGCGCUGCAGAUCGCGGUGGAGCAUGGCUUCGGCGGGGCGCACGGCCGGGAGAAGGCCGAGUGGAUGGUGGGAGCGGUGGAGCAGUAUUUCCACAGCAACGCGUCCCUGGAGCCGGACGAGGUGGAGGAUUUCCUCGCCGAGGUGCUGAACAACGAAUUUGACACCAUCAUUGAGGAUGGCAGCUUGGCUGAGGUGAGCCAGCAGCUCCAGUCGCUCUUUGCCCGUUGCCAGCGUGGCGAGGGGCCGGCCCUGACGGAAGCCAUCGCCCGGCUCACGCGGCGGCAGCAGGAGGUGGGCAGGGCAGCCGCCCAGGCCCGACCGGCGGAGGGGAGCAGCAGCGAGGAGGAGGAAGAGGAGAGGCCAGAGGAGGUGAUGGACUGCAGCAGCCCCGGCCCCCCCCCGGACCCUCCCCCCGCAGAGGAUGGCUGGACAGUUGUACGGAAGAAAAAGAAAUGAGGAGGGACCCCCCCCCCCAUGGCACGAGGGGGCUUCGCCGCAGGGAUCUGGUCAGGGGAAUAAACCUGGUGUAGCCACAAUGUGUUGCUAUGGCAACAGCUGGGGGGGAAUCCCUGGAGUGGAGGGAGAGUGUUAGUCUGGUGGGGGGGGGGAGCCAGCGCCCCCAGAGGGGAUGUGCCCCAUUCCCUGCCCCCCUGAGGCAGCCAGUCCAUGCCCUAGGGCCAGAUGGGAGCUGGUGCCCCCUAGAGGGGAUGGACCCCCCUCCCGCCCCAUUCCCUGCCCCCCUGAACCAGCCAGUCCCCGCCCUGGGGCCGGGUGGGAGCUGGCACCCCCUCCCCCCCCAUUCCCCGCACUUUGGUUGAAAAUGAAACGACGGGAAGAAAAGGAAACCUGUAUUACGAAAUCCGCUGACGGAGCUUUAACAACGCCCGGCUCCCAAGGACGCUAGAAAAUCUCGGGGGGGAAGUGGGGCGCCCCUGUGGAUGCGAGGCCGCCCCCUAGUGGCCAGCCACUGCAUGUCAGCAACAAUAAAAUAAUGUCUGCUAA